CACGCCCUCUUUUUUCUUUUCCAUUUUCUUUUCUUUUCUUUGUUUUUUUUUUUUUAGGUUUCUAUAAAUGCUUAAUUACCAAACAUGCCUGUAUUAUGAUUAACUUUUACGGUACCGGUAACAUGUGAAACUUACCGCGUUUAACAGCAAAACACAUACAUUACAUGGACUUGCAAAAUCGUCAACAAAAUUCUCCUACACUUGCACCAGGAGGAACCACCUCAGAUUCCUCAAUCUUUCACGCUUUCAAUUCAAUGGAACAAUAGUUGAUUCAUUAUAUUUUGGAAAAAAUCAUGUUUCUAUCUUAGAAAUUGGUGACAACUAUAGAUCCACCUGGGGAAUCUCCAUUGUGCAAUUUUCUUCAGCACCUCUGUUUAAGCUCCAUAAGGGUUCGAAAGAUGUUUGAUCACAAGUUUGAGAAUGAACCGUCUUACUAUAGUGAUUAUUCAUAUGCGGAGAGUAUGUCUGGAGUAGAAGAUUCUUAUUCUGAUUAUCCGCCACCAUACAAUGGAAGAUUAUUAGAAUGCAGGAAGAAAUUGAAGAAAGUGAGGUCCACCAAUAAUCAUAGGUCGUUACACACAGAAUCAUUCCCUAGAAGAGGAAAAUCUCAACCUGUUAGCGCAAAAACUUCAGGAAUAUCAACCCCAAUUGAAGAUUCAGAUGCAAACGAAGGUUUUGAGAGUUCAUCACCGACACUAAUCGUAAGGCAGACAGCGCUAAAAUUAUCAUCCUUGAAACUAAAGAGAAGCUUAACCAGAAGCGUAUCUCCGGACACAGAAUUAUUGAGGAGAAAGUUUGAUGCAAAUUCAAAGUUGCAUCAAGCCACAUGUUCUUCAGCUCUCAAGCUAGCGCAUUUCUGCGAUGGCCAUGACUUUCCACAUGAUCAAGGAACUAAAUCUAACAAAGAGUUUUCAAGUAUGAAGAUGUGUUCAUAUGCUUACUGCUCUGCUCAUGUCUGGUACCACGACGGGGAUUCGCCUUUGUGCUCCCCGAGGAGUAGGCGUCCGUUGAAGAACCCAAACAACACCAAAACCAAAUCGGAGAAUCAACGACCUGCUUCCAGGAAAGCAUCUCAGAGAGUCCGAAUUGCACACAAUGAGGAUUCCGUGAACGAUACAACAACCGAUUAUUGCGAAACGGAAACAGAUUUAGACGUCGAUGAUGAACACAACAAGUACAUACUUCAGCAGUCAGUGCGAAAAGCAUUUGAUGAGAUGCUUGUGCCGCAAGAAACUGAAGCACAGGUUGUCUCUCAAGAUAAUAAUCACUUAAAUUCUGAAGGGAUUGCAACCUCGAAUAAAGUCGUCGAAGAUAAGAGUGGAGAAAAUAAUAUUAACUCAUCAAUAUCCAAUGAAGAAACUGCUAAAGAAAAAGAAACUUGUGUGGAGUUAGGUAAUUCUAUUUCCACAACAAAGGAAGAGAGAAAAUCACAAAAAGGAUGGAGCAAUUUGAAAAAGUUAAUCCUCUUUAAGAGGUUUGUGAAGGCAUUAGAAGAGGCAAGAGAAUUCAACCGACGCAGAUACAGAGAUACACCUUUGGCCUGUGAUGGAGGCGUAAAAGCCGAAAGAGUCGAUCUAGAAAGACAUAUAACAGAAGAGGAAAAGAAUGCUGAGGAAUGGAUGCUUGAUUAUGCACUUCAGAAGGUAAUUGCUCAACCUCCUUCUACUCCUGCUAAACGAAAGAAAAGAGUAGCACUUCUUGUAGAAGCUUUUGAAACGGUUGUGCCCUUGGGACGACAAGAAGUUGUGCAUCGCCGGCGUUCGUCGCUUUCGAAUCGAGCAAGAUCAGCUAAAUAGGUCGAGUAAUUGUUCCUUCCUAUGAUGCUCACACAAAUAUAUUUUUCAUUGGCCAAAUUUUAUGAUGAGGACUGGAACAAACUCUCAAAAAUAACGGUGAUGAGAAGAUAAGUUCCAUUGCGGUUAAUGAAGAAAGUAUUUCAAGUGUGAAAGUUUAUGCCAAGAUUAAACAGUUAUUCUUUUGUCAAAAGACGAGAGUUUUUUUACGACAUGAUUAUUGCACAUCACUUCACAGGAUGAAAUUUAAUAACGAGAUUAGAUUAAGUUGCAACUUGAAAAC